ACUUAAAGGCGUAAACACAUUGGGAAAUUUAAUGAGCACGUAUGGACCAUCAUAUUUGUUUUGGAUGGGACCGACACCUAUGUAUAUAGUCAGUGAUCCAAGAUUGAUUCAGGAAUUAUUAACCGUACCCAAUGCCAUUAACAAAAGUCGUUUAGUUUUCGGAGUUAUUCAACAGCUUCUUGGCUCUGCCAUUUUAACUCUUGAUAAUCCCGUUUGGAGCAAGCAUCGGAGGGUUUUGAAUGCUGCUUUUGGACAUAAUAUCCUGCUCAGCUUUAUGACUAUCUUCAAUGAUGAGUCGAGUUCAUUAGUUCAAGAGUUGGACGCAUUUGUUGGCAAGGGAGAGAACGAGUUACUUUCCCGAUUUCAAAACUUUUCUUUUAGAACCGCGAUUCAAACCACGAUGGGAUCUGAAGUGAAGAAGGAAAACAUGAUUCAAAACGACACUCUUGUAAAUAAAUAUAAAAGUCUUUUUGCAGCAGGGGUUGUUUUAUUCUUAAAACCUUGGAUUAACUUCAAUAUUUUUCGGCCAUGGAGUAAAACUUUAAAAAUUGUAGACGAUUCCAGGUCGACCAUUCAAUCAUUUCUGAAAAAGAUAAUUGUCGCAAAACUCGAGAGGGAUUAUAAUAAUAAUACAACAAAGACUCAGAACAUAACAUUUGUUGAUGUCGCAAUUGAGCAGUUCCGAAACCGUUUAUUUAAUUAUACAAAUGUCGUGGAAGAAUCAAAUACAAUCGUUUUUGGAGCGUUCGAGACAACCGCACUUACAAUGGUGUAUACUUUGAUGAAUCUAGCAAUGUUUCCCGAAUAUCAAGAGAAAGUCUUUGAGGAAAUUAAAUCGGUGUUUCCUAAUACUGGAGACUUUGAAGUCGCAUAUGAGGAUCUACAAAAGCUAGAGUACUUGGGCAUGGUUAUCAAUGAAAGCAUGAGAUUGAUGCCAACAUUCCCAAUGACAGCCCGUAAAAUAUCUCAUGAUUUUAAACUCUCAAAUGGCAUUGUGCUACCAAAAGGUCUUGAAAUUGGCAUUAGUAUUAUUCACACACAUCGCAGUAAAGACGUAUGGGGGCCGGAUGCACAUAAAUAUAAUCCAGAUAAUUUUCUGCCAUCAAAUUUACAAGAUAAACAUCCAUAUGCGUUUUUGCCUUUUUUGAAAGGCAAACGAACUUGUAUAGGUGCAAAAUAUUCUUUAAUGGUGAUAAAACUGACAUUGGCCAAAAUAUUACGAAAUUUUAAAUUUAGCACAAGCUACCGAUUCGAAGAUUUAUUUGUAGUUGAUUAUGUUACACUUAAAUUCAAAGAAAUGCCGGGACUGCAACUGGAGCGUCGAGUUUGA